AUGUCCUAUUCUUGGCAAGACUGGGCGGGCAGGAUCAAGAGCGAUGGAGCUCUCCAGAAGGCGGCGAUCAUUGGAAAGCCUGCAAGCCCAGGAGCAACCGGAGGUGUCUGGGGUGCGACUGAAGGUUUCACGGUCUCGCCCGAGGAAGAGAAGAAGAUCGACAAGGCAUUUAGGGAACAAUCUUUGGCUGAGGGUGUCGUGCUUGGAGGCACCAAAUACAUGGGGAGAGCCUUUCUUCAGGACAACUUGCUUCAUGGCGUCAGGACCUCUGAGCCAAGGAGCGAGGCAACUCUGGUCUGGGCGCUCACGAAUUGCUACGUGGUCACCGUAUUCGAUGUACCUACCCAGGCGCAAUCUGUCAUUCCCUGUGUGAACGCACUUGCUUCUCACCUUGGAGGCUAG